UGGCUUAUCAAUAUGAAAUAUUCUGAUAAAGCACUUAUAUCAAUCGUAGGUGUAGCUCAAGUAUUUCAUGGACAAAAUGGAUAGUCACACAGAUAUUUUACGUCCACUUUCCGAGGAUGAAUUUGAGGAAUUACUGCAAUUGUAUCGUGAAAAAUAUGGUGAAGAAAAUUUCCACUAUCUGCUGAUGUACAAUCAAAAUAAAUGGAAUGAGCAGCUAAGAAAUUUGAAUUACGAGGCGAAGGAAGGUGAGGCAGAUGAAUGGAUAUCAUUCCGGAAGGUUUUCUAUACAUACAGGGAUGGGGAUUUUCGAACAUACGGUACCUAUGUGAGCCUGCAUUAUGAUAUUAUGCAAAGCGUAUCGUUUCAUUCGUGGGAGCCCAACCAAAGUGAUUUAUUAAAAUGUUUGCGUGAGACUAAGUUGAUCGACUGGUGUGGUGGGCCGUUAUUAACAAAUGUUGACCUUGAAAUUUGUGAAGAGGUGAAAAAGAUCGCUUUGGCUAAGGGUACAAGUGUACAACGCGCAAGGCUAUGUCUCUUUUUAAUAUUGGAUCAUGACAAGGCGGCGGUUUUGGAUGUCGAACAAGUAAAGUCAGGUUACACCGUUAAAAAGCUAAACACUGAAAAUGCUGCACUCAUACACGAACUCUGGCCAAAUAAAAAGGAAGGAUCCUUGCCUUAUGUACUCGGCCUGAUCGAGCUAAAUCAUACAGUUGGUAUUUUUAGGGACGAUAAUGACGAAUUGGUUGCUUGGGCAUUUCAAAAUGAUUUUUCUGGUUUAGGCAUACUACAAGUUUUGCCCACCGAACAGCGUAAGGGAUUUGGCGCCCUUUUGGCAGCGACUUUGUGCAAACAAGUCGCUGUAGUGGAGAAAGUACAUUUAAACGCUUGGAUUGUGAGUGAAAAUUUUAAAUCAAAAGCUUUACUUGAAAAAAUUGGCUUUCGACCAAAGGCAAAGGCAGAGUGGAUACAAUUGAAUAAGGUGUAGAAUAAAAGAUGAAAAGUGGCCGAAAAUCGUUUUUUAUAUGCAAAAAAAGAAAGAAACUUAUUUUGUAAAAAGUUGUAUACUCAUUUAUUAAUCAAAGAUUAUGUGCCCUAUUUCCCUUGUGAUUUCAAACUUCAAAUAAAACUAUGUACCUUUUUAAA